AUCGGCGCAAAAAAUAGAGAAAAGUCCUGGUUCCAGACAGUGGACGUUCCAGGAUAUCAUCACAGAAUGUCGACUUCAGUUUCUGCUCCCCAGCAGCAUAAGCAGCCUUCCAGGAAGGGCAAGAAGGCGUGGAGGAAAAAUGUCGACCUUACAGAGGUCCAGGAAGGACUCCGUCAAUUAAAGGAUGAGGAAAUCAAAGGUGGCUUGUUAUCUGAAAAAACCUCCGACCAGCUGUUCAUCAUCGACACCACCGGAUCGGAGGAAAUCCAAAAGACGUGCGAUAGGAAGCACAAGCCUCUGAAGGCCGAUGAAAUCUUGGCACAGCGUUCUGCUAUCCCAGCCGUGGAUACUCGCAAGCGUGGCAAUUCAAAGGUUACCGAUGGUGUUCUUGGACCCAAAACCAAGAGACAGAAGAGCGACUGGGUCAGUCGGAAGGAAUGGCUACGUUUGAAGCAAGUCGCAAAGGAUAAUAAUCCAGCCAAUGAGGGGAAGGAAGACAGCCUUUAUGAUCCUUGGGCAGAUACAGAGGAUACAGCGCCCAUCAACGACCCUAAGUUUGAUUUCCUAGAAAAACCAAAGGAAAAGGUUGCGCCGCCAACAUUGAAAAUGGCUCCCAUAUCUCUGGCUGCGAAUGGAAAGCCCGUUCCAUCGGUUCGAACACCCAAUGCUGGCAUAAGCUACAACCCAACCUUUGAAGAGUGGGAUAAUCUCUUGACCGAAGAAGGCAAGAAAGAAGUCGAAGCUGAAAAGAAGCGCUUGGAAGAGGCGCGUAAGGAGGAAGAAAAACAGCGCUUGAUCGCUGAGGCUAAGAAUGAUAAUGAUGAUGGCAUGGCACAAUCUGAUGAUGAAAGUGCAUGGGAAGGGUUCGAAAGCGAACAUGAAAGGCCAGAGUGGCUGAACAAGAAGAGACCAGAGAGGAAGACUAAAGCUCAAAGGAAUAAGAUCAAGAGGCGAAAAGAAGCCGAAAGGAAAGCAAAAUGGGAGGCUGAGAUGAAGAAGAAGGAGCAACAAGCAGAAAAGAUCAAAGCCAUUGCUGAACAAGUCAAGCAACGAGAGCUGGAGCGUGCCGAGCAGUCAGAAAGCGAUUCUUCCGAGGAGGGAGAUGAUACAGUUCUCCGACGGAAGCCUCUUGGGAAGACACCGGCUCCUGAGAAACCGUUGGAAGUGGUUCUUCCGGAUGAACUUCAAGACUCGCUUCGUUUGCUUAAGCCAGAGGGCAAUCUUCUCGACGACCGGUUCAGAACGUUGAUCGUUCAGGGAAAGCUAGAAUCUCGCAAGCCUGUCUCGCAGGCUCGCAAGGCUAAGAGGAAGCUCACGGAGAAGUGGGCCUACAAGGACUUUAAGGUUCCUGGGGCGUGAUUUGGGGGGUUUCGAUUUUUGCGUCUGUCUGUUGAUUGAUGAUAUAGUACAUAAUCAUGUUGGUUUAGAAUAUGAGCAUUCAGUAUAAGAGGCACCCUGUUCCUAUUAAACGUAAAUAUGGAGGCCUUGUUAUGG